AGUCAACACGCAGAUUCCUAACAAUUUUGCAUUUUUUGGUAUAAAGUCCAAAAUCUUUGUCUUUGUCCCACAUUCACCAAAAUAGGGGUCACCGGGAAUUUUAUUUUGUUACUAAAAUAUUUUAGCGUCGCCAAGACAUAUCCCUGUUGACGACUGAGCUCGCGACAAGCAUUGUAAAUCCCAAAUACCGUGGCUCUCAAACCUCCUUACAAUCUUUCAAAUGCAUCUUGUGCUUAUUUAGUAUUUUACAAAAGAAAAGAAGACAGGUCAUUUGUGGUGGCGUAUCUUCACCAGGCUUCUUAUCGUUUAUUUGAACAGCACCAUUAAAAUUAGGCUGGUUCAUUUCAUGCAGACGGAUCCUGGAACAACCGUCUCUCCAUUAUUAUAACAGUUGAAGCAGUUCGAGGGCAGGCAGGUUCUCAACAAUCAACGUCGCCAUCAUGGCGCACAACUAUGAUAUCGGUACGAAGGCAUGGCAGCCGGAUGCUACUGAAGGAUGGGUUGCUUCGGAAUUGGUCUCGAAAACAUUGAACGGAGACAAGUAUACUCUGGUCUUUCAACUCGAAAAUGGAGAGGUUUGUUGCCUUGUAGUUUGGGAGGAAAUUCAUGUUCUCCUCCCUCUUGUGAAUGAUGCUGACCUUGUUUCAACUGCAGACCAAAUCGAUAGAAACCACAGAAGAGGCGUUGACAGAAGCAAAUAAUGCCUCGUUACCCCCUUUGAUGAAUCCAACGAUGCUCGAAGCGAGUGAUGAUUUAACGAAUCUUUCCCAUCUCAACGAGCCUGCUGGUAGGUCGCCGAUUACAAUAUCCUUUCAAGCUCAAAACUGACCUUACGGUACAGUCUUACAGGCUAUUCGAUUACGAUACCUGCAGAAAGAGAUAUACACAUACAGUGGUAUUGUGCUGAUAGCAACUAAUCCUUUUGCGCGAGUUGAUUCUUUAUAUGUUCCUGGCAUGGUGCAGGUAUAUGCGGGAAGGCAAAGAGCUACGCAGGCCCCUCAUUUAUUUGCAAUUGCAGAGGAAGCUUUUGCGUAAGUAGCUACUGCUAAAGCCCCUGUGCCUUGCUAACGGUUAAUAGGGAUAUGUUGAGGAGUCAAAAGAAUCAGACAAUAGUGGUAUCAGGAGAAUCUGGAGCUGGAAAAACUGUUAGUGCCAAAUAUAUUAUGCGAUAUUUUGCUACCAGAGAAUCACCGGAUCAGCCAGGAACAAGGACGAAGCGGGGUUCAGAACAAAUGAGUGAAACAGAAGAACGGAUUUUGGCUACGAACCCUAUUAUGGAAGCUUUUGGCAACGCUAAGACCACACGUAAUGACAAUUCUUCCCGGUUCGGAAAAUAUAUCGAGAUUAUGUUUGAUGAUAAGACAAAUAUCAUUGGAGCAAAAAUUCGAACCUAUCUGUUGGAGCGUUCGAGAUUAGUGUUUCAACCCCUUAAGGAGCGAAACUACCAUGUUUUCUACCAGCUAGUAGCAGGAGCAACGGAAAGCGAGACAAAGGAACUCGAUUUGAAGCCUGUCGAAGAAUUUGAUUAUCUCAACCAGGGAAGCUCGCCAACUAUCGAUGGUGUUGAUGAUAAAGCAGAAUUCGAGGCACUGAAGGGAUCUUUAGCUACAAUAGGAGUCGAUGCCAGUCAACAAGCGGACAUCUUUAAACUGCUUGCGGCUUUGCUUCACCUGGGUGACGUAAAGAUCACGGCCUCGAGAACGGAUUCUGUCUUGGCUCCUAAUGAGCCAGCAUUGUUGAAGGCGACAGCUUUGCUUGGUGUGGAUCCUGUGGAGUUUGCAAAAUGGACUGUGAAGAAGCAGUUGAUCACGAGAGGUGAGAAGAUCACAUCAAACUUGACUCAACAACAAGCCAUCGUUGUGCGAGAUUCAGUUGCGAAAUUUAUCUAUUCAAGUAUGUUCGACUGGCUCGUGGAUAGUAUUAACCAUGCUCUUGCCACCGACGAGGUGUUGGCUCGUGUGAAAACAUUCAUUGGCGUGUUGGAUAUUUAUGGGUUCGAGCAUUUUGCAAAGAAUUCUUUCGAGCAGUUCUGCAUCAACUACGCGAAUGAAAAACUUCAGCAAGAGUUUAACGCUCACGUGUUCAAGCUCGAACAAGAGGAAUAUCUUAGGGAGGAGAUCGACUGGACCUUUAUCGACUUUUCUGACAAUCAACCUUGUAUUGACUUGAUUGAGGGAAAGCUUGGUGUGUUGUCACUUCUUGACGAAGAAUCUAGACUUCCAAUGGGCUCAGACGAGCAGUUUGUGACGAAGCUGCAUCAUAAUUUUGCGGCUGACAAGAACAAAUUCUACAAGAAGCCUCGUUUUGGAAAAUCGUCAUUCACUGUUUGUCAUUAUGCUAUUGAUGUAACUUACGAGUCAGAUGGCUUUAUUGACAAGAAUCGUGACACUGUUCCAGAUGAACAUAUGGCAGUUUUGAGAGCCUCCUCGAACAAAUUCUUGGGCAUAGUUCUGGAUGCUGCAUCCGCUGUGCGGGAGAAGGAUACGGCCUCGGCAACAACCUCAGCUGCAACAAAACCCACACCUGGUAGAAGGAUUGGUGUUGCUGUCAACCGCAAGCCUACUUUGGGUGGUAUCUUCAAGUCGUCUUUGAUCGAGCUCAUGAGCACUAUUAACGGCACUGAUGUUCACUACAUUCGUUGCAUUAAGCCCAACGAGGCUAAGGAGUCGUGGGUCUUUGAGGGUCCUAUGGUUCUGAGUCAAUUACGAGCUUGUGGUGUGCUUGAGACGGUUCGCAUCAGUACUGCGGGAUACCCCACACGUUGGACAUAUGAAGAGUUUGCUUUACGGUACUAUAUGUUAACGCCCUCAUCAGCGUGGACAUCGGAAAUCCGUGAGAUGGCUAAUAUAAUUCUCACAAAAGCACUUGGUGCCAGCAGUGGAGGUGGGUUGGACAAGUAUCAGCUUGGUUUGACGAAGAUUUUCUUCCGUGCAGGCAUGUUGGCAUUUUUAGAGAACUUGCGAACAAAUCGACUCAACGAUUGCGCAAUUAUGAUACAAAAGAAUCUCAAAGCUAACUACUAUCGACGCAAGUAUCUUGACGCCAGAAGUGCGAUUCUUACAUUCCAAUCGGCGGUUCGAGGCCACCUUGCUCGUAGGUAUGCUCAAGAGAAUCGUAAGGUCAAGGCUGCCACAACCAUUCAAAGAGUCUGGCGUGGUCACAAAGAGCGCAGGAAGUUCUUGGCCAUUCGCAACAAUGUUAUACUCGCUCAAGCUGCCAUCAAGGGAUUCUUGCGCAGAAAAGAAAUUAUGGAGACUAGAGUUGGCAAUGCUGCCAUGAUCAUUCAAAGAUCAUGGCGAUCGAGACAGUCGCUUAAGAAAUGGAGAGAUUAUAGGAGAAAGAUUGUUAUCGUCCAAAGUCUGUGGAGAGGUAAAACAGCACGUCGUGGGUAUAAGAAGAUUCGUGAGGAGGCAAGAGAUCUCAAACAAAUUUCCUACAAGCUGGAAAACAAGGUCGUCGAACUCACUCAGUCAGUCGGUACGAUGAAGAGGGAGAAUAAGACUUUAUUGACCCAGGUGGAGAACUACGAAAACCAGAUCAAGUCGUGGAAGAACAGACACAAUGCUUUGGAAGCUCGGGUAAAGGAAUUGCAAACUGAGGCUAACCAAGCUGGAAUUACGGCCGCACGUCUCGCUGUUAUGGAGGAAGAGAUGACGAAACUUCAGACGAAUUUUGACGAGUCAGCUGUCAAUAUCAAGCGUCUGCAAGAAGAAGAGAAAGAGCUGAGAGAGUCUCUCAGAGUGUCAAACCUGGAGCUCGAGAAGGCGAAGGAGGAAGGCACUCUGCACGAAUCGGAAAAAAUCACUCUUAGACAACAGCUUGUUGACUUGCAAGAUCAACUUGACUUGGCGAAGCGUGCAGGUCCUAUCUUGCCGCCCAAUGGAGAGAUUAUGAAUGGUGCUGUCGCAGCGCAACAAAACGGACUUAUCAAUUUGGUUGCUUCGAAGAAACCGAAACGCAGAAGCGCAGGAGCUGAGCCGCGUGAGUUAGAUCGUUUCAGUGCAGCUUACAAUCCAAGGCCAGUAUCCAUGGCUGUAACAAGCCACAACCUCCAUCAGCAAACACUCUCCGGCUCCACAUUCCAGCCCAGUGUUGACACCAUCGAGUUCGAGCUCGAGAAUCUUUUGGCUGAUGAGGAGGGCUUGAACGAAGAAGUCACAAUUGGUCUGAUCAAGAACCUUAAGAUUCCAGCCGCUACAUCCACUCCACCUCCAACAGACAAGGAAGUCCUUUUCCCAUCUUACUUGAUCAAUCUUGUCACAUCAGAGAUGUGGAACAAUGGAUUCGUCAAGGAGUCGGAAAGAUUCCUUGCAAACGUCAUGCAAUCUAUCCAGCAUGAGGUGAUGCAACAUGACGGUGAUGAGGCUGUCAACCCCGGUGCCUUUUGGUUGUCUAAUGUUCAUGAGAUGCUUUCUUUCGUCUUCUUGGCCGAAGAUUGGUAUGAAGCCCAGAAGUCGGACAAUUUCGAGUAUGAUCGUCUCCUUGAUAUCGUCAAGCAUGAUCUAGAGAGCUUAGAAUUCAAUAUCUAUCAUACUUGGAUGAAGGUUUUGAAGAAGAAAUUGCAGAAGAUGAUUAUCCCAGCUAUCAUCGAAUCCCAAUCACUGCCAGGUUUCGUCACCAAUGAAAGCAACAGAUUUUUGGGCAAAUUGCUCCAGACUAAUUCCGCUCCCGCCUUUAGCAUGGACAACUUGCUUAGCUUGCUCAACAACGUUUUCAAAGCCAUGAAAGCCUACUACUUAGAAGAUUCAAUCAUCACACAGACCGUUACCGAGUUACUCAGAUUGGUUGGCGUCACUGCAUUCAAUGAUCUUCUGAUGAGGAGAAACUUCUUGUCGUGGAAGCGAGGACUCCAAAUCAAUUACAACAUCACAAGAAUAGAGGAAUGGUGUAAGAGCCAUGACAUGCCAGAGGGAACUCUUCAGCUAGAGCACUUGAUGGUAAGAGGCGUUUUAUAUUUGUAUUUCAGUAAGACCAGAAGCUAAUAUAAUUACAGCAAGCAACGAAACUCCUCCAAUUGAAGAAGGCCACUCUUAACGACAUCGAAAUUAUUCAGGAUAUCUGCUGGAUGCUUUCACCAAAUCAGAUCCAGAAGCUGCUUAACCAGUAUCUUGUUGCCGAUUAUGAACAGCCCAUUAACGGCGAAAUCAUGAAAGCCGUCGCUUCUCGCGUGACAGAAAAGAGUGAUGUCUUACUUUUGGCUGCAGUUGAUAUGGAUGACAGUGGACCAUAUGAAAUUGCGGAACCUCGUGUCAUCACAGCAUUGGAGACUUAUACGCCUUCAUGUAAUUAUUUCUCUUCAUUUGUAACAAAUCAUAGCUAACAAAAAUCUAGGGCUCCAAACACCAAGACUAAAACGUCUAGCAGAGAUCGUUUCCCAGCAAGCCAUGCAGCAGCAGGAAAAAAUGGAAUACGCUCAAGAUGAUAUCGCCGAGCAAUCAGACAACGAGAUGAAUGGUGCUUGAUGGCGGGAACACCUGCGGUCCUUUUAUCUAAUGCAAAACUUCUUACCUUCUUCUGUACCAUUUUCACAUCCACCACUCAAGAUCUUUUCUGCCAUGGCUUGGAGAGAGCCUUUUGUAUAUGGCAUUUGGGAUUCUUCCAGAUUUGCACAACCUUUGGGGUAGCAUGACAUCUUGAUUGUUAGCGUAUAUUUUCGCAUCUUUGGAGGCGAGAAGGGGAGCAAAAGAAGACUUUCCCUCUUUUGUAGAUUGAUAGCACGAGACCCUUUUUAGUGCAACUGUGUACAACCUUCCCGCAGGCGUUUGAAGUUAUUUUAAUACUCUUGUUCUUCUUUUUCUUUUUCUUUUUUUGCCUUUCUUCGGAAACUUUCUUCAAUUAUUUUUCUUCGUCUUUUAGGGAUAUGAUAUGGGCAUAAGACCAGGCAACUGAAAUGAUCGAUAUUAGAUGAGAUAUGAAAAGAUCAGAUGAAGAUUAGUAGAUCAAGCUUUUCGCAACAAAGAAAUGGGUGGAAUGUUAUGUUAUGUUCAUGUGGUGUUUUGGAGCAAAUUUUUGAUAGGAGACUUUUCUGAAUGUGAAAGAGCUUGAAAUCAAGAAAUAUCACGAAAAGA